GCAUUAAUAGGGUAAGCAUUUUAUAUAGGAAUUGCGAUCUCACCCACCAUCGACGGUUACUUUCCUUCAAAAGCCUGCUAGAUACUCGCCUCCCUCCCACUCGCCAACAUCAGCCGUCUGAUCUACAUCUCACCGUCUCACAUCAUGAAUCUAGCCCCAAUUGCGUCUUUUCACAUUUUGUGGCAUUUCCUUAUUUAUACAGUCGCCUCUCUCUUUUUUGUAACGGAUACACUUCAUUAUAUACAUAACGGAUACAUUUAUUUACAUAUAAUUAAUUAAUAGUAAAGAUGAACAUCAUAACAGAUAUACUUUCGUUAUAUAUAUAUACUAAGCCUCUUGGAAAUCUUAAAUUAUCUCCUCCAUCAUCCACACCUACUGCCACUUCUUUGUCACUGUAUUCACCGGUUUGCCAUUGGCAACUUCUUUCAUUUCAAAAAGGAGAACAAAAAUGAGUUUCAGGAUUUGAUUGAUCGUCAUCAUGGGUCGAAAGAAGACGAGGGCUAAACGACGUGUCCUCAUUAAGAGCGAUGACGAGGAGGUGGAAGACAAGGUGGUCGUUGAGGAAGUUGUUGUAGUGCCCAGCAUGGUUGUUAAAAUCGCGUUGUUUGUCUUCUCCGGCGAUGACAGAAUCUCCAUCUCUAGAACUCCAUCGUUGACUGAUUUUGCCUGGCCGUCGGUGCUGCCUGCGUUGCCGCCAGUGCUGCCGCUUGCCGCUGCUGCUUGCCUGAUUCAACCCGCCGAGUUGUCCCCCGCAUUGAAAACCCAAACUCCAUUUGCACUUCCUUUUGUCUUUUGGCUUUGAUUUAUUUAAUUUUAAUUGUAGAUU